UGCAGCAGGAUGGAGGCGUCUGCUCUCGCUCUGCUUCUCUUGGUGAAUUCUCUGGAUUCUGGUUCUGCUCGAGUGUCUCUCGCAGUCUCCCCCAAGAGAUCGCAGUUCUUUAAGUACGACAGUUUCUUUGUGAGCUGUGAGGAGGAGGAGGAAGAGGAGGAGGAGGAGGAGGCUGUGUGGAGAGUGAUGAAGAGGACGCAGGACGGAGAGGUGUGUCCGUGUGCGUCCUCCUGCUCCAUCACGACAGCUUUCCCCGUCACAGACAGCGGUGUGUACUGGUGCCAAUCUGGAGCGGGAGCGACGAGCAACACCGUCAACAUCACCGUCACUGCUGGAGCUGUGAUCCUGCAGAGUCCGGUCCUCCCUGUGAUGGAGGGACACGCUGUGACUCUGAGCUGCACACGUAGAGUCACAAAGUCCGCGUCCAACCUCGCCGCUGACUUCUAUAAAGAUGGCAUCCUCGUCGGGAGCAGCUCCACAGGAAACAUCACCAUCCACAGUGUUUCUGAAUCUGAUGAAGGACUCUACAGCUGUAACGUCUCUGGAGCUGCAGGAUCAGCAGAGAGCCGGCUGACUGUCAGAGGCCGGGAUCCUGCAGCCCCCCUGCUGUCUGACUCCGCUGUGGUGCGCCACCUGCUGGUGGGAACUCCUUACCUGCUGUGCACCAUCUUACUGGGGCUCAUAUACAGAGACAGAGCCAGAGCGCAGCAGCGUGCCAGUGAAGCAACUCGAACAUCCAAUGAUGUCCUAAUGGAAAUGGCUGCAUGACAACCAGCGACAGUGACGUAUUUUUUAUAUAUAUAUAUAAUUUGUUUUAUAUAUAAAUAGCAGAACCUUUCAUCAAAUGCUUCACAUAAUAAAACAAUAAAAUAUGCAUGAAUAAAUAAAAAUAAAUAAACACCAUU